AUGAAAUCUCCAAUAGCCCCCUACAGCUCCCCUCUCCUCCCCCAACUCUCCCUCCAAAACCCCUACUACACCCCCCUCCACUACAACCUCCGCGCCUCCAUCCGCUCCUACAUCGAAGCCUCAAUCGCGCCCUACGCCCAAGAAUGGGAAGAAUCAGGCCAAGUCCCCGAACCUGUCCGUCGCCACCACUGCGAACUAGGCUUUAGCAUCGUGCACCCGCUCACAACCCCCGAAGACGCGGGUGGUCUGUCAUUGCCCGGGAACGUGCCGUUUGAUAAGUGGGAUACGUGGUGCAGUUUGAUUUUGACGGAGGAACUUACGAGGAUUGGGUUUGUGGGUGUUGUUUGGGGACUGGGGGGUGGGAAUGCGAUUGGGGGGCCGCCGGUCGCGAGGUUUGGGACUGUGGAGCAGAGGAGGAGGUGGUUGCCGAAAAUUGCGAGGGGGGAAGUGAGAUUUUGCUUGGGGAUUACGGAGCCUGAUGCUGGAUCGGAUGUCGCGAAUAUUCAGACUACGGCGAAACGGGAGGGUGAUAACUAUAUCGUGAACGGUACGAAGAAGUGGAUUACCAACGGGAUUUGGGCUGAUUAUUGCACGGCUGCUGUCCGGACUGGAGGACCGGGUAAAGGUGGAAUCAGCCUGCUCGUGGUUCCGCUGAAGGCGCCUGGAGUGACUCGUCAACGGAUGCACAAUUCAGGUGUCAAUGCCAGCGGAUCAACAUUCAUCGAGCUCGACGAUGUCCGUGUCCCGGUUGACCAUCUGAUUGGGGAAGAGAACAAUGGAUUCCCAUUGAUCAUGUCUAACUUCAACCCCGAACGCCUCAGUCUUGCAUGCGCCUCUCUCCAACUAGCCCGCGUAUGUGCAGAAGAUGCUUUCAACUACGCUGUCCAACGUGAGACAUUCGGCUCCCCUCUAAUCCAAAAGCAAGCUAUCCAAUCCAAAAUCUUCAAAUUCGGCCUAAUGAUCGAACCAGCCUACGCAUUCAUGGAGCAACUCGCACACAUCAUCGAACUCACUAAAGAUCAGCCCGUGGACAAUAUCAGGAUCGGUGGUAUGACAGCUCUCCUCAAGGUUAUGGCGACAAGAGCUCUUGAGAAAAGUGUUCGUGAGGCGCAGCAGAUUCUAGGCGGUGCUGGCUACAAUAGAGCCGGGAAGGGGGCACGGAUUGAGCAGAUUAGUCGGGAUAUGAGAGUUCAUGUUGUUGGGGGUGGGAGUGAGGAGAUUAUGAUGGGGCUGGCGUUGCAGGAGGAGAUGAAAGCUCUCAAGACAAGACGUAAAGCACUGGAGAGUCGGAAGUCGAAGAUAUAA